UAGAAAAGUCAAGAUAUCAAUUCAUCAAGAUCAAUGAAUUGAAAUGGGACAUUGAUAAGAGUAAUAAAUUAUUAGAUAUUAUUGGAAUUCUUAUAGAGGUACAAAAUGUGUUCUCCAUAACAACAACGAAAGGCGUGAAAACGAAUAAGAGAGAAAUUAAAAUAAUCGAAAAAGAAUCUGCUCCAGUAAUGCUCACGUUAUGGGACAAUUAUGCAAUAAAUGAAGGAAGCAAAUUGAUGGAUAUUAUAGGAGAAAAUCCUGUGAUUGCUUUUUUAUCAAUUAAACAGAUAGACUACCAAGGUGGCUCACUUGGUACAACAGCAUUUACAACAAUUGAUAUAAAUCCAAUGAUCACAGAAGCGGAUGAAUUAAAAAAAUGGUUCACAUCAAAAAAUGGAUCGAAGAAAAUACUUCUCAAAGCUUCUAACGAAGAUAAAUACAAGAAAAUUGAACGGAUUGAAAUUGAAGAUUUAAUGGACAAAGAAUAUAAAACAAUCUUGAAUCAAUAUUAUUAUUUUGAAGGAAAUAUUGUAAAUCUGGAGAAUGAAAAGCUAUGGUACAAUGCAUGCAAAACAUGCAAAAAAAAGGUACAAUUAAAGGGAGAUCAUGCAACAUGUGACAAAUGUCAAAAUGAUGAUACAGAAUAUACACAGAAGUAA